CGAGAUUCUUCCAUUUGAGUGUCCGGCAGAGUAUCGUGCAAGGCAAGACAAGGAGCCUUUGGCAUUAGCCUGGCCCACGAGAGAUGUCUCCAGCACUCCGGUACAAAUGCCCAAGGGUUCCGCCCUCUGUGCAACUGCACUCCAACAAGCCUUGACACUCUUUGUUCCACACUCGUUACCAUACGCCACAUUCCCCAAGAUGUUGUCCGAGCUCUUUCUCGGUCUGGUGGCCGCAAAGGUUGCCCUUGCCUCACCUGUUAUCAAGCCAGUGGUGGAUUUUACUCCAGACACGCUGGCCGAGGCUCAAGAGCUGGCCAAGUUCCUCCAAGACAUUCAGAGUCAGAAGGUCUUCUUGAACCAGACAGAGUGGGAGGAUCUCCUUACUCAAAACGGCAUCCUGCUCGAACCUCCACCGAUCGACUACGACUUCCUCAACUUCACAGCGGACAUUGAUGUCAACGUCGAUGUGGACGUCAAUGUGGAUAUCAACAAGCGCCAGACAUGCAAGAACACUCAAGCCAGGCGAGUGACCAAGACCGAGACUUUUGUUGACUGGGACAUCCAAAUGUCCAACGUGGCAUGCGCUCGACAGAGUGCCAUCGACAUUUUCGUGCAGAGCGGAAAAUCCGUCACCAACACCAUCGCAGUGUCGGGCAGCGUCGCGCCAGCAAGCAUCGUAGGCUACCUUGCGCUCACCUUUGGCGUGGACUACUCCCGUGCCUGGACGUCGACUUCGUCUAACCAGAACAAAGCAACUAUCCAAAUCGGCAACUGCGGAGCCAUGGUCCUCAAUCCGACUACUACUCGUCGCUACGGAACUGUCAGCGAGGGUUGUAUUGGCGCGGAGAAGCAGAUCGGAACUUUUAUGGCUGACGACCGUUUCUCGGGCAGCUUCAACGGUGUCGACUGGGUCGCUGGCUCUAUCUCUGAUUGCCAGACGAAAGCCGACAAUGCUCCAAUCCCUCGAUGCCAAGGUGGCGGAUAUCUUGUCUAGAAGGCUGCCUUAUCGGUAGGCAGUCUCCCUUGCAAGCGCCUGUACGUAAAGAAAGCGGCUAUAUAUCGUGCGAGUGGUGAACGAAGGCGAUGAAUGUUGCUCGGGACGUUCUACAAACAGGAUGUCGGCCCUAAUAGGGGGGUCCGUGCGCUAUAGAGAUUAGUAAUUAGCGGUAAGUGAGUAGACUAGCCUAGCUUGUCUUCCGGAUAAGACCCCG